AGUGGGGGCAUGGAGGCGUUGCAAGGUGCAAUAGAGGAGGAGCUGAAUGUGGCUUACGCGUACCAUGAGAUGACGAGCGAGCAUGCUCUCGCCAUGAUGGACUGGCUUCAAGGGCGUGCGGCGGUGACAGCAGCAUCAGCAGCAGCAGUACCACCAGCAGCAGGAGCACCGGUGCUAGUGGGCGGUGUGUGUAUAGCUAGCACAACCUGCGCAGCGUAGUGGGACGGGCAGCGCUGCAAGGUGCAAUAGAGGAGAAGUUGAAUGUGGCGUAUGCAUGCCAUGAGAUGACGAGCGAGCAUGCUCACGCCAUGAUGGACUGGCUUCA